UAUUUUCUUGUUGUUUUUUUUUGGGUAACUUUUUUUUGCCGUUCUUUAAUCCCUGGCUGAAAUGAAAUACAACAAAAUAAUGAUCGAAAUGCGAGAAGCCAAGGCGAAAAUGUAAAACGGGCGCAAUAAUGCAAAAAGCAUGCCAAACGCACAAGAGUAAAGAGGAGUAAAUAAAAAAUAUAUAUAUUUAUAGAAAUUAUCAAGUUAAAUUUAAGGAAAACGAAACGCACAACAAAAAAGCCAAAAUAGAUCCAGUAAUAAAACUAAUUUAAAAUUAAUCACUAAAGUCAACAAACUGCAGUUUCAGCAGCGGAAAAACGAGAACACCAAGUCUUACUAAGGAACUAUUCGACUAAGAGCGUUAACCAAAUCAAGCCGUUGUAUUUAGCUGCAAUCCAAAGACGUAAUGCUUUCGAUCUGAUGCCAUUCGACGACGGGCGCCAUGAGCAUCAGUGCCACCUGGUUUUGGGUGCCAUCUCCGUCUCCACUUCCGAAUUCGAAUCCGAAUCCGAGUCCGAAUCCACAUCCACAUCAGAAUCUGACUCCCAUUGUCAGGCGCAGCCAACAGGUGCGACUUUGAUGCCAGUUGGAGUUCGUCUUGGAGCUUAGACAGCUGAACUCGUGGAGCAACAGGAAGAGCAUCCGGACAAGGGGGAACAGGAGCCCCCGCUGAAGUGGCGCCCCUGCCUUGCGCGAUGCAAGCGAACAGCAGCCGCUCCAACUUAAGCGCACAAUCCUCGGGCACGCCGUCGGCCUCAACGAUCUCCUCGUCCCAGGGCAAGCAACAAGUUGUCGAACUAUCGGGCUAUGUCAUCAUACUCGUCGAAAAUGUGGAGGGUAAAAUUAAACUAUACGGCUCACCGCCCGAUCGCGAUAAUCUGGAAGUGGGCGAUGAGAUACUCGAGGUCAAUGGCCUGACCCUGGAGAAUAUAUCGCGCACGGAGGUCAUUCGCCACAUACACGACUGCAUCAAAUCCUGCACCAUUUGUCUGCGUGUGCGAAAGAAGAAUGAUUCACGACUGGCCUGGGACAUUGGCAACUCGGUGCAGGACGCCUUCGUCAUCGCCGUCGAGGAGCACGCCCGCGAACGUCUGCAGAGAUUGGCGGCCUUGAACCGGGUCACGCCGGUCGACAUCACACAGCUGUCCAAAAAGCUGCAGCAAACGAAGAGCGGCACGGCGACCAGUCAGCGCCAGGACCUCAGCUUCCUGAACGAAUCGACGCCGAUCUAUGUGACGUCCUUCACGAGCAACCAGAUCACCUGCAGCAGUUCCACAAUGACGACGGCCACCGCCGGCGGUCCGAUCAGUGCACCAUCGCUGGCGACGGCCACCACCACCGUGCCGACGGCAUCCUCCCACACCACCACGGUGGUGGCCCAGAUCGAGCACGGUGCAUCGGCGCUGGUCAGUGCCGCUGUGGCAGCGGCCACUGCAGCGGAUCGCAAUGCGAAUAGCACCACGUCGGCGGCCCUGAAACAGACGGCCAAUUGCAUUGGCAAUAGCACCAGCAGCCUCGGCACGACCAGCACCACCAGCAGCCAGUCGACCAGCAGUGCCACGGGGCACAUCUACCAGACCAGUCAGGCGCAGCAGCAGCAGUUGCAACAGUUGCAGCAGCAGCUUGCGGCAGCAGCGGCGGCGGGGAAGCCGCUGCAGGCCAAAUCCCUGCUGGCCAGCAGCUUGCAGCAUCUGGCCGAGGAGGUGGACAACGAGGAUCUGGACGAUGAUGACGAUGUGGAUGGGGCCAACUAUUGUGGCAUAACCUAUAUAAGCUACAACAACAAGCAUGCCCAGUUGCCGACGACAACAUUGCCGGCGACGACCGCAUUGCCAGCGGCAGCUGCAUCAUUGGCCACCACGGCGGCGAUUUACCAACAGAGGCAGCAGCAGCAGCAACAGCAGCAGCAGCAGGUGCACCACCACAACCACCCACCAACGACGAGCCAACUGAAUCGAGCCACAGCACCGGCGCCACUGCAGCUCGGAGGUCCUGUCAAUCCCAGUUUCGUGGAUGCCCAGACAUCCACAUCGCCGCUGAUGGCACAGCAGCUUCAUUCGCAGCAUGUGGAUGUGGAUGCAGCGCCACCCUCGUCGUCAUCAUCAUCGGCGGUGGUGGUGGUGGAGCGGCAUGUGCAUGGCACCACCACGCCCAAAACGGAGUACUCCACGGCCAUAUCCAGUGGGCAACUGCAGCAGGCCUUUGCCGAAUUGCAGCUCCACUCGAGCAACAAUAAUGCAACACAGCAGCAACAGCAACAUUUACUUUUAAGCAACAACAAUAAUAGCAAUAAUUCAAUGGCAGCGGCGCAGACAACGGCAUCUCUGAUGAAGAAUUGUGAUCUACUGAUAUCGAACAAUCUGUAUCCACCGAGAAGAGAGUUACUAGAAGACGUCAUAGUCCAUCAAGCCAGUGAUGUGCAUUCAUACAGCACGAGUGCAUCAGCAGCAGCGAUCGCGAGCAGCAGCAACAGAUCACAGCAGCAGCAGCAGCAGCAUCAGUUGCUGAGUGCCGCCUACGAGUUGCAGCAACAGCAGCAGUUGCAACUUCAGCAGCAGCAGCAGCAACAGAACAGUCCCACAAGUAGCAUAUCAAUUGGAAGAACUGAACUUUUACUGGGCGAUCAGAGUUUGCGGCAGGAUCCCAGGGGGAAUCGCCGGCGCUCCGGAUCGAGCAUUGUUGUGCUGGAUGGCGACGAUUUGAAGCCAUGUCUGCCGGAUGACUACAUAAGCGGCCAGCACCAUCUGAACCACCAGCAGCAGCUGCAACUGCAGCAGCAGCUGCAGCAGCAACAUCCGCUCCAGCAGCAACACUAUCGCACGCACUCGGGCGACAUCAGGGAGAUUGACCAGGAAAUGCUGACCAUGCUGUCCGUGAACCAAGAUAACGGUCCACACCGUGAGAUGGCCGUCGAUUGUCCGGACACGUUCAUCGCACGCAACAAGACGCCACCCCGAUAUCCGCCACCCCGUCCGCCACAGAAACACAAGAAAAGCACCAACACCACCACCACAACCACAACCACAAUCACAGCUAUGACUAACAAUGAUCAUGCUAACAAAAUGUUAAUUGUUGCAUAUCAUUCUUCACAUCAACAUGAACAACUACAACAACAACACCCAUCAAAAACAUCAACAACAACAACAACAAUUGCACUCGAUGUGGCCACACAAAAUUUGUACAAUCAAAAACAACAAAACAAAUUGGAACAAAUCGAAAACUAUGAAAAUUGCCUGCAAUCGGAACGAAAUGAACAACACGAACAACCAUUUGAGCAACAGAAGCAACAUCAAGCAACAAGCGCAGUGGCAGCAACACAGGUGGCACAACAGCAGACGCCCAGCCACAAGUUGCAGGCAACAUUGAGCAGCGAUCCGAAUGGCAACAGCAACAGCAACAACAACAGCCACACAGUUGGCGGCGGCGGCGGCAGCAGCAGCAGCAGCAACAACAGCAGCAUCACCGAUGACUUCCUGUGCGUUGUGGAUGGCCUGUAUCAGGGACGCAAGGACUCGGCCUCGCCCUCAUCGAGCGCCUUCGAUGAGGUGAUGAGCAAACAUACCCUGGACUCCUUCGGCAGCAUCGCCUAUCGUCACCUGCACCAGCAGCAUCAGGCGACGAGCAACGGCAACAGCAGCAACAGCAACACGAGCAACACCAACAGCAACACCAACGGCAACACCAACGGCAACACGAGCAACAACACAGCUGUUUCGAGCAAAACGGCAACGGUGACCAAAACAGGCGUGAGCAGCAGCAACAGCAACUCGCUGAACAGCAGCAACAGCUCGAUGCACACGAGCAGCAGCAGCAGCGGGCACAGCAGCAACAUAGCCAGUGCCACAUCAUCCUCAUCCGCCACCAGCAGCUCAACGGUGCCCGAUGAUCUGAGCCUGGCGCCACCCGGCUACGAGGUGAGCCAGCAGCAGCAGCAGCAACAUUUGGUUGCAACGCCCGUGACCAUGUUGCUGCCACCGAUGGCCAAGCAUCGCGAGCUGCCCGUGGACGUACCGGACAGCUUUAUCGAGAUGGUCAAGACCACGCCAAGAUAUCCGCCACCAGCUCAUCUCUCCUCACGCGGAUCGCUGCUGUCGAACGGCAGCGCCUCCACCGCCCACACCACGCUCUCCUCGAUGGGCGUGUCGCCCUCGCCUGUCACUGCAACAGCAGCAGCAGCAGCAGCAGCUGCAGCAGCAUCAGCAUGUGCAACCACUGCGGUUGCUGCUGCUGCGGUUUCUGGUGUUGCUGCUGACGGCGAUGCGAGGCGGGUGGCCGAUGAGCUCAAUGGGAAUGCGAAGCCCGUACCGCCGCCACGUGAUCAUCUGCGUGUGGAGAAGGAUGGGCGGCUGGUCAACUGCUCACCCGCACCGCAGCUGCCGGAUCGCCGGGCGCCGGGAAAUGCGAGCAGCGGCAGCAGUGGCGCCACAACGCAUCCGCUGCAGCAGCAGCAGCAGAUCGCCCAGAUCGUGGAGCCCACUUUGGAGCAGCUGGACAGCAUCAAGAAAUACCAGGAGCAACUGCGCCGACGACGCGAGGAGGAGGAGCGCAUAGCGCAGCAAAAUGAAUUCCUGCGGAACAGUCUUCGUGGCUCCCGGAAGCUGAAGGCGCUCCAGGAUACGGCCACGCCCGGAAAAGCCGUUGCCCAGCAGCAGCAGCAGGCAACGCUGGCCACCCAGGUGGUUGGUGUGGAGAAUGAGGCAUAUCUGCCCGACGAGGACCAGCCGCAGGCGGAACAGAUCGAUGGCUAUGGCGAACUGAUAGCGGCACUCACCCGCCUGCAAAACCAGCUGAGCAAGAGCGGACUGAGCACGCUGGCGGGUCGCGUUUCGGCAGCCCACAGUGUCCUGGCCAGCGCCAGUGUGGCCCAUGUCCUGGCCGCUCGCACCGCAGUCCUCCAGCGACGACGUUCCCGCGUCUCCGGUCCACUGCAUCAUAGUGCCCUCGGAUUGCAGAAGGAUAUUGUGGAGCUGCUAACGCAAUCGAAUACGGCGGCGGCCAUCGAGCUGGGCAAUCUGCUGACCAGCCAUGAAAUGGAGGGUCUACUGCUGGCCCACGAUCGCAUUGCCAAUCACACGGAUGGCACGCCCUCGCCUACGCCCACGCCCACUCCGGCAAUUGGAGCGGCGACGGGAUCCACACUCAGCAGUCCGGUGGCUGGACCCAAGAGGAAUCUAGGCAUGGUGGUGCCACCGCCCGUGGUACCACCGCCACUGGCGCAACGCGGAGCAAUGCCACUGCCUCGCGGGGAGUCGCCACCGCCGGUUCCGAUGCCACCACUGGCCACAAUGCCCAUGUCCAUGCCCGUUAAUCUGCCGAUGAGUGCGUGCUUUGGCACGCUAAACGAUCAGAACGACAACAUCCGUAUCAUCCAGAUCGAGAAGUCAACGGAGCCGCUGGGCGCCACGGUGCGCAACGAGGGUGAGGCGGUGGUCAUCGGCAGGAUUGUGCGUGGCGGAGCGGCGGAGAAGUCGGGACUGUUGCACGAAGGCGACGAGAUACUGGAGGUCAACGGUCAGGAGUUGCGUGGCAAGACGGUGAACGAGGUGUGCGCCCUGCUGGGCGCCAUGCAGGGCACCCUGACCUUCCUGAUCGUCCCAGCGGGUAGUCCACCGUCCGUCGGCGUGAUGGGCGGCACAACGGGCAGUCAACUGGCCGGAUUGGGUGGAGCACAUCGUGACACCGCCGUGUUGCACGUACGGGCGCAUUUCGACUACGAUCCGGAGGACGAUCUGUAUAUACCCUGCCGGGAGCUGGGCAUCAGCUUCCAGAAGGGCGAUGUGCUGCACGUGAUCAGCCGCGAGGAUCCCAACUGGUGGCAGGCGUAUCGCGAGGGCGAGGAGGACCAAACGCUGGCCGGUCUUAUUCCUAGUCAGUCGUUCCAGCAUCAGCGCGAGACCAUGAAGCUGGCCAUUGCGGAGGAGGCGGGUCUGGCGCGAUCCCGCGGUAAGGACGGAUCGGGCAGCAAAGGAGCCACGCUCCUGUGUGCGCGCAAGGGUCGCAAAAAGAAGAAGAAGGCCAGCUCCGAGGCGGGAUAUCCUUUGUACGCCACCACGGCGCCGGAUGAAACGGAUCCGGAGGAGAUACUCACCUACGAGGAGGUGGCCUUGUACUAUCCCCGCGCAACCCACAAGCGGCCCAUCGUCCUCAUCGGCCCGCCCAACAUUGGAAGACAUGAGUUGCGCCAACGCCUGAUGGCCGACUCGGAGCGUUUCUCCGCCGCAGUGCCACACACAUCACGAGCCCGCAGGGAGGGCGAAGUGCCCGGAGUGGACUACCACUUCAUCACGCGACAGGCCUUCGAGGCGGAUAUUUUAGCGCGCCGCUUUGUGGAGCACGGUGAAUACGAGAAGGCCUACUACGGCACAUCACUGGAGGCCAUACGCACGGUGGUGGCCAGCGGCAAGAUCUGUGUGCUCAACCUGCAUCCGCAGAGCCUCAAGCUGCUGCGCGCCUCUGACCUCAAGCCGUACGUGGUGCUGGUGGCGCCGCCCAGCUUGGACAAGCUGCGCCAAAAGAAGCUGCGCAACGGCGAACCCUUCAAGGAGGAAGAGCUCAAAGACAUCAUUGCCACGGCCAGGGAUAUGGAGGCCCGUUGGGGUCACCUAUUCGACAUGAUCAUCAUCAACAACGACACGGAGCGCGCCUACCACCAACUGCUGGCCGAGAUCAACUCGCUGGAGCGCGAGCCCCAAUGGGUGCCCGCCCAGUGGGUGCACAACAAUCGCGACGAGUCAUAAUGGGGUCUACAGCACCCCCAACCACCACACUACCACCUUCCCUAGGAUCCACCACCACCCAAGAAAUGAAUAGCAAACCCAAACUCUUUGUAAAUACAAUUUUCAAUUGAGCCAUGAAGCGGAGAGCAGGAUCGAUUCCAGUCCAGUAGUUCGGUUUGCCUGCCGAUGCGAUUAAUCCCAACCCCUCCAAUAUUAUAACAUAAAUAUAUAUAUUUAUACUAUUCGUUGCAUAUGUGCAUUUUAGUCUUAGAGAGAACGAGUUUUAAUUGUGUGUACCCCUGUUUUAAAAGCAUUCCAAACUCUUUAUGUAUGUUCACAAAAUUUGUUGUUCGAUUAACCGAUUUCGGGAAUGCCACAGAGGAAUUGGUGAUCCUGAGAUCAGUGAUUUCUAAAACCCAAUUGCUUCUUGUGGCACUUCCGUUUUCCGUUUUCCUUUUUUUUACCACUACCACUAAUUUAUAUAUUGUAAAAGAAUGUUUUUUUUUUUUUGUAUUUAAAUUAAGCUUGGACACUUCCUUAAUUUCAAAGGGCAAAUUGAAAUUGUAAAAUAACGAAUCAGCAAAGGAAGGCCAGAAUCGAUAUGAUAGUACCCUAGUACCCAAUAAAAUGUGUAAUAAUACCCAUAAGCGACUCCGAAUGUUAACAGAGCCAGAACAAUCCGUAGGCAGCUGUGCGAGGGGAGAUCGAUCCGUCGGAUGUAGAUUCAGAUUCAGAUUCAAAUUCAGCUGCAGAAACAGAAACAGACAGAGAAACCGAAUCAGAAGCAGAUACAGAUACAGAUGCAGAUGCAGAUGCAAGUGUUGCAAUUACGUAAUCUAUUUACUUUAUAAAAUAUAUACUAUACGGAUAUACAUACACAUAAAUUAUAAAUCGAAGCGUACUUAAUACAAUUAAUUUUUAACAAAACGAAUGCAAGAGCAAAGUGAAAACUAAGAAAUAAAACUGUUCAUAAGAGAGAAACAACAAAAUCAGUAAGUCAUUGCCAAAAAACAAGAAAAACGAGAGAAAACAAAAAGAGUUAAAUAAAUGGGAGUUAGAUGAGGAGAGUUAGGAGAAUCACUUAGAAAAACCACUCCACGAGCGAAAUUGUUAAAAACAAAACGGAAACGGAAAAACAAAAUACUUAGCCAACUUUAAGCACUGUAAGAUAAUGGAAAACCCAAUAAACGAAUGCAAAUAGUAAGGCGGCAAGAAAAUGAACUAGGCUAAGGUAUCCGAAACAAAAACAAAAACAAAAGGAAAAUCGAAAAACGAAAAAACAAAGUAAUUCCCAAGUAAAUGUUGUUGUAAUUAAUUAUUUAAACCAAUUCGUCUAGAGAAGAGGGAGGGCAGGGCGGCAGAUCCAGUUGGUUUCAACUCCAACCACAACUAACUAACUAGAUAUACCGUGCAUAUAGAGAUCUAUACAAAUUCCAUUGAGCAGCAGCUGAAACCAGAAUUUUAUAUUAAAAGAAUAAAAGAAGUGUGGGUCAAGUAAAAUGGCAAACUAUGUUACGCAAUGUUGAACACUUGAAAGAUUCUAAAAGCGAAUGAUAUCUAAUAUACCUUAAAAUCUACAUAUACGGGGUCCCGCUGGCCAGUUCCAUUUCGAUCCAUUUGCUAGAUGGCUGGAUUUUCCAGAUUAUCCCUGUAUCCUUUGAGACCGCAAGAUCCUCUUUCGAUCUGGUGGACUACUAAUGGAUGCUUGGUAGAGUUUGAAUUGAAUCGGAAUUGGUAGCGGGGCAGAUAAUAAUAAAAUUCAAAAAACAAUUUUUUUUUGUAGUCCACAAGGUAUAAAAAAUGUGUGUGCAGUAAAUCUGUUUAAGUUUUUAUUUAUGUAUGUGUGUGGUGUAGCAAAACUAAACUAAAUACGAAACAAAUACCUAAAGAAAAACAAAGCGGAUUGCAAAAUAGGCACGGUUUAAUAGCCAUUGUACGAAAUUAACGACAUUUAUGAGUAACCCUAACGCAAAAAUGCGGACAAAGUCAGAUGAAAUAACAAUAUUAAUAAUAAUAAUAAAAAAAUCGACAAACCAAGAAAUAUAAA